UGUAAAAUCCUCCCGGCGGCCAUAGCAGUCCAGCAUCCUGUUACAAACCGUGGUAAGGGACUAAAUAAAUGAUAAUCCCGGGAACAAUCCUCCAAAACAGGACUUUACACGCGAUUAUAACCACUCUUCUCUAAUUGAACAUAAUGUCAGACAAAAGUGAGCUAAAGGCAGAGCUGGAAAGGAAGAAACAGCGUCUUGCUCAGAUCAGAGAGGAGAAGAAGAGAAAAGAGGAAGAGCGCAAGAAAAAAGAAACUGAAGGACGCGGCGAAGGCGCCUCUCCGCCCAAUGAUGACUCUGAUCUGGAGAGGAAGAGGAGGGAGACCGAGGCUCUGUUGCAGAGCAUGGGCAUCACAGAUCCUGCCAUGGUCCCCCCUCCCAUGUCUCCCUCUGCCAAAUCAGUGGGCACUCCGAGUGAAACCGGCAGCCAGGACUCGGUGGACGGCGCCGCUGGAACCAGGACUCUGCACUGGGAUUCUGACCCCUCUACCCUUCUGCUGCAUUCAGACUCUCAGCAUGGACGAGGUCCCCUCAGGCUCGGCAUGGCUAAAUUGACUCAGGUGGAUUUUCCUCCUCGUGAGCUCGUGUCGUACUCUAAAGAGACUCAGACUCCCGUCACCGCUCAGCCUAAAGAUGCGGAAGAGGAAAACGAAGAGGAGGAUCUGGCAGCGGCGCCGGCUGCUCUCGAGACUCCGCAGGAAAACGAGCCUCACAAUGAGGAAGAGGAGGCGCCACCUCAUGAGCUGACGGAGGAGGAGAAGCAGGAGAUCCUACACUCAAAUGACUUCCUGAUGUUUUUCGAUCAGAGCUCUCGCAUCGUGGAACGCGCUCUUUCUGAGCAGGUGGACGUCUGCUUCGACUACAGUGGACGAGACCUUCAGGACAAAGAGGGAGAGACUCAGGCUGGCACCAAGCUGUCGCUGAACAGACAGUUUACAGAUGAGCGCUGGUCCAAACACAGAGUGGUCACCUGUCUGGACUGGUCACCUCAGUACCCAGAGUUGUUGAUGGCUUCCUACAGCAGUAAUGAAGAAGCUCCUCAUGAGCCAGAUGGUGUGGUGUUGGUGUGGAACAUGAAGUACAAGAAAACAACAGCGGAGUAUGUCUUCCACUGUCAGUCGGCGGUGAUGUCCGCAGCUUUUGCGCAGUUUCAUCCGAACCUGGUUGUGGGAGGGACGUACUCUGGACAGAUCGUCCUGUGGGACAAUCGCAGUAACAAGCGGACCCCAGUACAGAGGACACCUCUCUCUGCCUCUGCACACACGCACCCGGUGUACUGUGUGAAUGUCAUUGGGACUCAGAAUGCUCACAACCUCAUCAGCAUCUCUACUGAUGGCAAAAUGUGCUCCUGGAGCCUAGACAUGCUUUCCACGCCUCAGGACAGUCUGGAGCUGGUGUUUAAGCAGUCUAGACCUGUGGCGGUGACAUCUAUGGCAUUUCCUCUGGGUGAUGUUAAUAACUUUGUGGUGGGCAGUGAGGACGGAACGGUCUAUACUGCCUGCAGACACGGCAGUAAAGCAGGGAUAAGCGAGAUGUUCGAGGGUCAUCAUGGCCCAGUUACAGGGCUUGACUGCCAUACAGCCACCGGACCUGUUGAUUUCUCUCACCUGUUUGUGACUUCUUCUUUCGACUGGACCGUCAAGCUGUGGAGCACCAGGAACACUAAGCCUCUGUACUCAUUCGAGGACAACUCUGACUACGUGUAUGACGUCAUGUGGUCUCCUGCUCACCCUGCACUCUUUGCCUGCGUCGACGGAGUCGGACACCUUGACUUGUGGAACCUCAACAACGAGACUGAGGUUCCCUCAGCUUCAGUGACAGUAGAGGGGAACCCUGCGCUAAACCGCGUGCGCUGGGCCAAUUCUGGCAGAGAGGUUGCCGUCGGUGAUUCUGAGGGUCGUGUACACAUCUACGACGUAGGAGAGCAAAUCGCCGUGCCGCGGCAGGACGAAUGGACCAGCUUCCUUAAAACACUCAGCGAACUCGGAGAGAACCAGGAGGAGGAGGAGGAUCUGGCAACCCAGCGCCUUGCUGCCUGAUUUGGCUCCCAUGCAGUCGACUAUGACCUUCACACUCACAGUCACAGUUAUAUUUCUGUAGAACGAGUCUAAAGCUUCCUGAGUGAUCUCGAGCUUCCCUUCACUGCUCUAAUCUCUUCCACUUUAAUCUGUCCAGGUGACAGGAUGGAAAAAGCCUGACUAGUGUGAAAAGCACAAUAAAAGAAGUUAAGGGAUGUGUUUAAAAUAAGGAAGAUAACGAGAGCUAAUGCUAGCACUAAUCAACUAGAAACCAUUAUAUUAAUCGGUGCACUGAUGAACCUCUCUAUUUUCUGGGCUAUAAGACAUCUUUUUUCCUCUAGCAGGAUGGACAUAUUGUAAUUUCUAUUUUUGUUUUAUUGUGAUUUGCAGAGUUGUUUUGUAUUUUUACGAUAAUUUGCUUUAGCAUUUUAAACUAAAUUAAAUUAACACUACAGUUGACUUGACACCGAUAUAAAACCCUGUAAAUUUCCAUUUUAUACAUGCAUUAGCAUCACUGUAGCCACAAACAGAGCUAACAGAAGUCUGAAACAAGAAGGUUGCAGUGUUAAACAUGUAUCUAGCUAAUGUUAACUAUGUUCACUAAAGAUUUUCUGAGGUAAAAUUUCAUAGGGGAAACAUUUUUAAAUAAUUAUGUUUCAAAUAACAGAGGUUUAACUUAAAAUGUGUCUUUCGGUGUGAGUUCGCUAAUCAACGCUAGUUUAUGAUUUACACAACAAAAUUACGUGUAUAUUUAUUUUUUUAGGGUUUGAUUUAUAAUCCGGAAGAUAUGUUGUUUAAAUUAAAUAAAAUAAAAACUUCUUAGACUGUUUGAAUCCCAUUUUUAUAAAAUCCCCAUCUUAUGAUUUGUGGAUUACUGUUUUGAUGAACUAGCCUAGCAUAACACUGGAAUGCUGAUGUUUGUUAAGUGAAAUGAAGUUAAAUGAAGUUGUGUUCUGUGUAACAGACGUAGCCACAGUUUUUCAAAAUAGCUGACAUAUUACCUGAGCGUGAGGGAAACAGUUUCCGGUGGCCAUUUUGUCCAAGAAAAUAGUUCCCGAUCCUGUGGAAAAUCAACUCUUCUCUUCUCUUCUCACUCUAGUAACACAGUGAUCUGUUCUUUCUGCUCAACACUAACAUUUAAUUCAUCUACACUCACUAGAGAAUCAAUACUGUGUGUGAUUCGACUCUGAGCCAUGCAGUAAAUAUGUGUGUAAUAAAAAAAAAAAAUAUGAUCUAUGCUUUUUAAGUUUUCACUGAAACUUUCCUAAAUUAUUUUAAAAAGGUAUCAUUGAUUGAUUAUUACUCCUUUUGAUAAGAUUAGCAUUGAAGAUUUUCAUCUGAAAAAUUUCUACUUUGGUGUAAAUGUGUUCAGUGAUGCUUUUAACCACUGAUAUUUAUAUCUUUUUAUACUUCUUCUUCAUUACUAAAAUGAAAAGGCUGGUGUGUAACCUGUAGCACGUUCACUUAACGUCAGAAUUACGCUAAUGAUCGAAACUUACGUGUAACGGAUAUGCUGAAAAAUAUGAUUUAAUAAUGCUAGUUAAACCAUGUUUUAGCUUUAUUUUUUUCCAGAAUUAGCUACACAGCUAAAUCACAGAACUCUACAGCGACUGAAAAGCGAGUGUUAACAUUUGUUUUCUCUCUGAACUGCGACUUCUGUCGUUCCUGUAAUUCUGACAUCACGUGAACAUGCUAAUAUUUACAUCCUGUAUCGUUUACAGGCUGGUGUUUCACAUACUGUUUCACACUUUCUUGUACUACAUUAAAAUAACUUUUUACUCCA